UUGUCUCUGUUUGGUCAUAGUAAGGAAACGAGUGAAAUUACUGUUGCUAGUUUGCAGUUCACUGGUCUCAGUAUGAAUGAAAUAAAGAGGGCUUAGCCACUCCCCUUAUAAAUUAAUGUCAAAGACUCCUCAUUUUCCUGUCUCAACUUCCCACAAUACACUAUCAACCUUUCUAACUACAAAGCCAAGCAAAUGACUUGAAUUCUCUAUUUUACAAACUGAAAAUCCAUAUGGUUUUUUCUGAUCUUGAAAACUGAAAACUUUAUAUAAUCCAAAACAUGAUGAAAAGCAGAAUGUCUUGGGUUUGGAUUGCACUUCUCUUUCUUGGUCUCACAUUCCAUAACUUUUCGACUUCACAAGCAAGGACUACUAGGCAUAAACAUCACCCAACUGCAGUAGUUGAGGGAACUGUUUUCUGUGAUACUUGCUUCCAGCAGCAAUUCUCGGGAGCUAGUCAUUUCAUUUCAGGAGCCACUGUUGCAGUAGAAUGUGCAGACUCAGCCACAAGAUCACGUUUUUACAAGGAAGUGAAAACCAAUGAGCAUGGAAAAUUCAGUGUAGACCUUCCUAUCUCUGUAAGCAAACAUGUCAAGAAAAUCAAGGGAUGUUCUGUGAAGCUGAUUAAGAGCAGCGAGCCGUAUUGCGCUGUGGCGUCGACAGCAACUUCAUCCUCUCUUCAUCUCAAGUCGAGAAAACAAGGGACUCACAUCUUCUCUGCUGGUUUCUUCACAUUCAAACCUCUCAACCAACCAGAUCUUUGUAGCCAAAAGCCAAGCAUUCAAAGUUCCAAAAAGAAACUAACAGAUCCUCAAAAGUCUGCAAUUUCAAAUCCUAAUGAUCCUACGUUUUACCCACCAAUUCAAGAUCCACCAGCGCCAAGUACUUUACUUCCACCUCUUCCCAGGCUACCGCCUUUGCCGUUGCUCCCUCCUUUGCCAGAUCUUCCAGGAUUAGGACUUCCAAUACCACCAGUUUCUAAAGAUGCUAACAAACACUACUCUCAAUCUGAAGCUGCAGCUCAGCCAAGAUUUUUCAAUCCAAUAGGUGGAGGACUUCCUUUGCCUCCAAAUCCACUUCUUCCACCACCUUCAAUUCUUCCUCCUAACCCAUUUUUACCUCCACCUUCUAUUAUUCCUCCAAUUAUCCCUUCCCCUCCUCCUUCAAUAUUUCCUCCCUUAUUCCCUUCUCCUCCACCUUCAAUAAUUCCUCCAAUUAUCCCUUCACCUCCAAGCCCUCCGCCUUCACUAUUUCCUCCACUUAUCCCACCACUCAUACCUGGUUUAACUCCAUCUCCACCACCACCGCCCCCUUCACUCUUCCCACCUGUGAUCCCUCCACUCUUCCCACCAGUGAUACCUGGUUUAACGCCGUCUCCACCACCGCCUCGCUCACUCUUCCCUCCUUUUCCAUUCCAACCCACACCUGGCUUCCCCGGAGUUCCUCCAGCUGCCACUUCUUCUUCUCCACAGAAGAAGAACCCCUCUCCUUAGUCCAAAAUACAAUUACACAAACACCUGCAAUAUAGCUAGCUACUACUUUUUCAUUACGCUCUGUGUGUAAUUUCUCAAAUAAACCUACUCCAUUUUGUUUACUACCUUUUUUUCCACUUGCUUUCUCUUUACCUUUGUAAUUUUAUUGUGCUACAGUUUCUUCCUGUUAUGUUUUGUUAGACAUAUUAGAUAGGAAACCAAGGUGAUUGUAUGAUAUGUAAUACUACUUCAAUAAAAGCUUAAACUUAUUGGUAA